CGGAAUCCCCCCCAAAACAGGCUGACCCUCCUCCAUCAGUGGCAGAUGGACAAUACUAGGAUGAACUCCUUCUUAGAGUAUGCAAUUUGUAACCGUGGGACGGGCGCCUACCACCAUUUAGAGCAAAGCUCCCCUUCCUUCCCCUCCUGCUCAGGUAGCCCCGCCACUGACACUUUGAACGGGGACGGGCGCUUUGGCGUGGGGGGGAGCGCGGCCGCCCCUCUCCCCCCGCAGAGCCCCGGCUUCCACCCUCCCUCCUCCGGCCGCCCCAUCCCUUUCGCGGGCGCUGCCCCGACGGCCGGGUACCCGGCCCCAACCUGCAGCCCCGGCUACGGCCACCACCAGCUCUACCUCGGCCAGCAGGACGCGGAUGGCUUGUACUUCCAAGCGGCCGGCUACCCCGCCAGCGCCGGCUCCAACCUCAGCCCCUUGGCAGAGGGCUACUGCGGGCCCGCCGGGGGCCAGUACCAGCAGCAGCACCUUUACGGGCAGGAGCAGCCCAGUUACUUGCCCGGCGUUUACAGCAACCUCUCGCCUUCUUUACACGAGGACAAAGACCCUGCGUGCCCCUCCGAGCCGUGCCCCAACGCCAGCGCCACCCAGACCUUCGACUGGAUGAAAGUGAAGAGGAACCCCCCCAAGACAGGUAAAGUGUCGGAGUACGGGCUGCUGGGCCAGCCCAACACCAUCCGCACCAACUUCACCACCAAGCAGCUGACGGAGCUGGAGAAGGAGUUUCACUUCAACAAGUACCUCACCCGCGCCCGGAGGGUGGAGAUCGCCGCCACCCUGGAGCUCAACGAGACCCAGGUCAAGAUCUGGUUCCAAAACAGGCGGAUGAAGCAGAAGAAAAGGGAAAAGGAAGGUCUCGCCCCGGCCGCCGCCUCCAGACCCACCAAGGAAGCGAGCGAAGCCUCGGACCAGUCCAACUGCACCUCCCCCGAGGCCUCCCCCAGCUCCGUGUCCUCCUGAACCGCGGCCCCGCGGGGGCACAGGGACCAGCCGCUCCCUGCAGACCCCAGCAGACCCCACCCGCACGAACACGCACCUCCCACGCACAGCCCCGGCCGCGCACACGCGUGGGAGCAAGGCCACGCGUCCCUCCGGGCAGUCCCUCGGCUGCGGCCGCCUCCGCCCGUGCGACACCACUUCUCCCACUUGCGUUUCUCUUAAUUUAUAGACCCUCUGUAAAACACGGGACUCCACAGGAGCGGCCGUGGCCCCGCACACCCUUAGCAAUAGGCGUUUGUCUCAGGGACGUUUCUCCCCCUCCCUUCUCCUCCCCUAUAGGAACUGCACUUUCGACUACAGAAACUUGAAAACGAAUUUAGUUUUCUCCCGUUUUAAAAAUGUGCACAACGACUUUUGCCUGCAAGAACCCUACGUUUGGUGUAUUUUUUUCCUCCUCGCGAGAUUGUAAAAAAAAAAAAAAAAAAAAGAAAGUUGGGGUAUUCUUUUUGUUUGUUUCCCUUUUAUUUACUGUAUGUAUAUUUGGAAUGAGACCCGAGGCGGCCGAGAUGCCGGAGGCCUCUGCAAAGACCCAAACACCGAGCAAAAAAUGCAACUCUUCCGCUACCAUUUUGCACUAUUUCUGCUUUACAGGGUUUUCCACACGCUCCGCGACUGUGACUGUUCCUGAUCCUGGGGGGAGAGAGGUCUGUGGUAUCAGAGAAAAGGAGAGGAGGCGAAGGCUGACCUCGGGGUGCUUUGGGCAACGGUCACUGUCGCGGGAGGUGUGAAGGUGGACGGGGACAAGGCUGCGGGGGGGCCGCGGGGCUUGGCUCCCCCAGGCACUGAUGCACUGGCUGCUAUUUAUUGUACGUCUCGAUAGCCCGAAAUCUUGGAGCGAAGUAGGACGGUUCCUUGUACCCCCACCCUCUUAGGCUUAUCGGAGUCCGAUAAAAACAUUAUUUAACCAUGGCUAAAUCGUUUCCCUUCCCCACGAGAAACUUUAGGGUAGGACGAGCUGAAAACCACGGCGAGUUUUGUUAAAGAUUGUUUUCAAAGGAAAAACGUCAUCGAGAAAAACUAGCGGUUUCUUAAUCGGAAUCUCCUAUUUUCCUUCCACUCCCUUCCCCGUGCUCUGUAUCUCGAAAUGAAACUACCUCAGUCUAAUAAAGUUUACUUUUUCCACAUGCAA